CUCCGAAUCCGCCGCCGCGCAGUGAGCACGGAGAGUAGACGCGUCUGCCCAGUCCCGUUGCGCCGCGCAGAGCCCCCGGCUGACCGGCGAUCAGCUGCCACCCCUGCACAGCGCGGCUCCCCUUGCUGUACAAUGCGACUGCAGUCUCUGCGGGAUAAACACAGCCUUCAUCCGUAAUAAUAUAAGCAGCGCCGGAGCGGAAACAAGGACGAACGCCGAGGAAGAGGAGGAGCGUGCGGCUGGGGAGGUGUAGACGGCAGUACUUAAAAGAUCCAAUCUGUCUGUGAUGAGCAUCCCCGUCCACUAGAGAACAAAGGUCUGCCCCCGUUGUUCCUUCUGAGAGGAAGUGAUGUCACGUCACCACCACCGCUUUGAGAGGGACUACCGUGGACCUUGGGAGCGGAGAGACAUCCGUCCUACUGGCCUCCACAAUGGAGGAGCCAACCAUAGCUGUGCCUCCGCGGUUGUCAAUGGCAACAACCGUCCAGGACUUCUUCCCCUCCCAGUCAUCCCCUCCCUCCUCCCCACCCCAGUUACAGUUGCCGUGACAACAUCGAGCAGUGACAUUGGGGUCAAGCGAGGCAUCACAGGAGCAGGAUCAGUGACUCCAGCAUCAGCAAAGGUCUCUGGACUGUCUCCUGGAGAGAGUCAGACCCCAGGACUGCUGCUGGCACCAGGGGUGAGAUGGGGACAGACGCCCAUCAACCAGCACACACCGUGGGAUACAGAAGAGCCUCCUGCCAAGCAACACCGAGACAGUGAGCCCACAGGUUCGGCCUGGGCUGCACAGGUAGCAGCAGUAAGCCAGUCUAGUCUCCUGCCUCAUACCUAUGCCCUCCCACAACCGCCAUCUUUUAACCACAGUGUGACUGCACAGUCCCCCAUCAUAGGGGUAACUCCAUCUAUCCAGACCCCAGUGCCCCCACAGCACCCCCUCAUGACCGCCCACUUCCAGCUGACGCCUCAGUCGACUCAGCAGCCGCCGUCUAUGGUGCUGAACAUGCCGAGCCAACCUCCGUACCCCGCAGCUCAGCCAGCAGUUACACCAUCCGCCCUCGCUGCCCAAGCCAACCAGGUGGUUCAUGCAAACCCUCACAGUAUGAUGGGAAACGGCCACUUAACCUCUCAUCCCAGCCUCCUCCAACACCCCACCCUGCCUCUGACUAAUGGACAGGCUGCAGCAAUGCAUGCCCAACCCACGGCUGCAGACAAUCAAGAUGGUCCAAACGGGCUCCAAAUGCUACGGACAGUCGGGAGUGGAAAGUACGAGUUCAGUGACCCGGGACACCCCAAAGAGAUGUUGAAGGACUUGAACCAACAGCGCAGAGCGAAAGAGUUUACAGACCUGAAAAUAAUUGUUGAAGGCAAAGAGUUUGAAGUCCACCAAAAUGUUCUAGCUUCCUGCAGCUUGUAUUUCAAGGAACUGGUGAAAAGGUCGUCAGGAGAGACGAAGAGCGGGGAAUUGCUGGAGCUGAACAUGAGCAACAUCAGCGCUGAUGUUCUGGAACAGCUGCUGGAGUUUGUUUACACGGGAUCACUGGUGAUCGACGCCGCCAACGCCAAGACAUUGCUGGAGGCUGCCAACAAGUUCCAGUUCAACACCUUCUGUAAAGUCUGUGUCUCCUUCCUAGAGAAACAACUGACUGCAGGUAACUGUCUGGGAGUGCUGGCCAUGGCUGAAGCAAUGAGUUGCACGGAGCUCCACAACAUGGCCAAAGCCUUUGCGCUGCAGAACUUCCCCGAGGUGGCAGGUCAGGAGGAGAUCUUGAGCGUAUCCAAGGUGGACCUGGUGACGUAUCUGUCCAACGACAGUCUAAACACAAAGGCUGAGGAGCUGGUCUACGAGACCGUCAUCAAGUGGAUCAAACAAGACCCCAACUCCAGAGUGCAGCAUUUGUCAGAGCUGUUAGCGGUGGUACGCCUUCCCUUCAUACAUCCAUCCUACCUGCUCAACGUGGUGGACAACGAGGAGCUGAUCAAAUCAACAGAAGCAUGUCGAGAUCUGGUUAAUGAAGCCAAGCGUUACCACAUGUUGCCUCACGCACGGCAAGAGAUGCAGACGCAACGGACCCGGCCAAGACUUUCUGCAGGUGUAGCAGAGGUGAUAGUUCUGGUAGGAGGGCGGCAAGCUAUCGGGAUGAACCAGCGCUCCUUGACAGCAGUCACCUGUUUUAACCCCCAGAACAGCAAGUGGUACCCGCUGGCCAGCCUGCCCUUCUACGACCGUGAGUUCUUCAGUGUCAUCUCGGCAGGAGACAACAUCUACUUGUCAGGUGGCACAGAGUCGGGUGUGAUGGUGGCUGACGUGUGGUGUUACAUGUCCCUGUUGGACAACUGGAAUCUGGUGUCCCGGAUGACCGUGGCUCGCUGCAGACACAACAGCUUGGUAUAUGACGGCAAACUGUACACCAUCGGAGGACUGGGCAUGUCAGGAAACCUGGACCAUGUUGAAAGGUACGACACCAUCACCAACACGUGGGAGACGGUUUCUCCCCUCCCGAAGCCAGUCCACUCCUCUGCAGCCACGGUGUGCGGAGGAAAGAUCUACGUGUUUGGAGGCGUGAACGAGGCCGGACGCUCGGCAGGAGUCCUCCAGUCCUACGUGCCACAGAGCAACACGUGGAGUUUCAUUGAGUCUCCCAUGAUAGAUAACAAAUACGCCCCUGCAGUGAGUCUAAACGGUUUUAUAUUCAUCUUGGGAGGAGCCUACGCUCGAGCUACCACUAUCUAUGACCCAGACAAAGGCAACAUCAAGGCUGGUCCCAACAUGAAUCACUCUCGGCAGUUCUGCAGCGCCAUUGUCCUGGAAGGAAAGAUCUACACCACAGGGGGCAUUGUAAGCAGCGAGGGUCCAGCCCUGAGCAACAUGGAGACGUUUGACCCUUGCACUAACACGUGGACGCUCCUGCAGUCGCUGCCCUGUCCACUCUUCAGACACGGCUGCGUGGUCAUUAAAAAGUACAUCCAGAGCGGCUGAGGGGGGGGCUCAGGCUGGACCGACGGCAAACACCAGCCAAGCUCCGGUUGUGGGACGACGUGUGAUGGCAGCUCAGAGCCUGGCCGGUCGCUCGGUGACCUCUGGACUUGAUGCCAGCAUGGACCCUCCCAAAAAAAAUAAAACCCUGUGCAGAAUGUACUCAUGUUCAGCUACUCAGCCAUGCCAGGUGAAGAUGCCUAACCUCCAGUACUGUAUGUGUCAUGGUUGCUCAUCGUCUCAUCCAACAGGCACAGGGACCCACUUAGUAGUUUACAAGCUCCUUGGUUUUUCAUGAAACGCUUAUUAAAAACCGAGCUUCUCAUUCUCGUCUCUCCCAGAUCUCAGUGAGCUCACCACGUCCCUGUUUCUUUGAAGCACUCGGCCUAAACUCAGUGAAAGCCAAUGCAGGUCCACAUUUUUGUCACUUUUGGGUGAAUUUUACAGGUGCCGGUUCCAUAGUCACUGAUUAGCAGGAGUUUCUUUGAGGUGCAUGAAUGUUUUCAGAAGUGACAUUAAUGACGGACGGAAACAUUAACAGGACCACGGCGGCUUUCUCAUUCAUCUGCGGACUUGACGAGCCUCUUCUCGCUUCUGGGUCAGGUAGCCAAAUUCUUACCGUGUGGAUUCAUGAAGUGAUUUCAAAACCAGAUUUUGAACUCUGUGUUACCUGCUUUUUUAACAACUCCCUAAACAUUGGAACAACGAUCAAAAUCUGGGUCGGGUGGGGUUUAAAGAGAAAUCUUUUUUUUUUUUUUUGUCCAGUUCCAGCAUGAUUGCGAUAUCAUCUGGAGGACUGCUGACGUCCCACCACCUCCACCUUUUUAUCCAUAUCAUGUUACUUAUUGGAAUAAAGAUAGCACUACAUUUAGGAAGGAAAUUCACUGGAGUUUAAUCAGACAGUUAAGAUGGGAUGAAUCCUGCAGAAAAAAAGCACAAUAAUUCACUUGUGGCUGUUAUCAUCGAUGUUCUCUGUUCAACCAUGGGUUCGCUUGUCUCUCAUUAUCCCCCACCUCGUUAUGUUUUAUAAAACGUGUUUCAUUGCAACUCACAACUGAUGCUGGGUUGUUACUCUGUAAAUACAGGCAGGAAAUAUGUAUAUUUUAAAACCGAAGGCAAUUCUGUAUAAAUGUUUUUAGAAAAAAAACUGAUAGGUUGGAUUCAAAAUGUCUGUAAAUCUGUACCCCCAAAAAGAGAAAUUAACAAUUGUUAUAACUGAACCCUAAUAGAUAUACCAGAACAUGAAUGCAUUGUCAAGUCUCUUUUUUUGGGGAUGUGGUUGAGUUAAUGGAAACAUUUUAACACCAGUCACACAACUGAAUGUUUGGUUUUCAAUCGCAAUCACCACAGAAAGUCAACAGGACAUACUGGUUGAUAACGAGCUGUUUUAUAAUAAAUUCAAGCAAAUUUCAGUCUGAAAAAACUAUUUACUAAAAAAACAAAAUGCUCA